AUGUUGAAAUCCUUCGUCAAGAAGAUAGUAACGCCGCAACCCGAUUCAGAAGCAACCGGAUCGGAUACGCCGGAUGAAGGCGGAACCCCCUUCAGCAGAUGGAGGCACAUAGGAAGCGGCGUGAUACGGGACGUUACAAUAUUUGGUCCCACCAGAUCCGCACCACCUGCAGAACCUCCACCUAAAGAAGAAACGCCACCGGAAACAACGAAAACGAAGUCGAAGACCGGGGACGAGUGCAGGAUUUGCCGGAAGUCGAUCGCGCCUGAGGAAGCCUCGAGAAUCUGCUGCGAGUGUCAGCACAAAAUUUGCGAGGACUGCACUUGCUAUUCUACGACAACGAAUUCCGACGACCAGUCGUCCUGGAGGUGCAGCGUGUGUCGACGAAAACUCGCGUCUCGGGACCAGCCGAUCGUGACACAGGAAUCGACCGAUUCCCUGCUCGAGGUGCCGGUCCUGGAGGCUCUGCAGAGGAGGCACAGCGACGCGAGGCUCGGCUGUCAAAGCGGAACUCAAAUCGGUGGUCUUGGCACUGGACUGGCACCACCUAGGAGCCCUGAGCUCAGGAGGCACUCGGACGUGUCGCCUGCAAGUUUGAAGGAACUCGAGAAGUUUCGAAAGGUUGCAGGGGAACGCCGGGAAGAGCUCAGAUGGGAAAGGGACCUGGAUCGCAACAUCAGGUCUAGGGCGACCUCCCCGGAUCGUCACCAGGUCGAUAGGGGAAGGGCCACCAGUCCCCAGAGGAUCGGGCCAUCCUCCGUUUCUGGAGAGCCACCGGAAGUGCUGGACCCGGAGGAGGAGGAGGAACGCCGAAGGCAUGUACGGCGUGCUAGUGGCGCAGUACGUAAGUCCCGGAUGACCAGGCAAAGGUCGUAUGACGAUGAAAUGAAGAACGUGGCGGCGAUGUCCGGAGGCGGAGGGCAGCACGCGCAUCCGGAACCUGGUCUCGGGCUUCCGGUGCAGCUACCGCGUCGGGCAUCAGCCUACGACGUGUAUGCUGGCCAAGGUGCCGGUGGGCUCAACGCUAUGGCCAUCGCGGCUGCUCAGCAAAGAGCAUCGAUCUCCGCUCAAGGUGGCAGAAAGCCGGAGGAAAGACCGUCCGGUCGUAGAUCAUCGUUUCGAUCGGUGAAGCCGGUGAUGCCGUACGAAGUCGGGGGCGAAGAUGAAAGCAUGAUGAACUUGGGGGCAUUCCCUGUCUCAGUGGUUUCACCAAAGGUGGUGCCACCGCCGGUUUUGGGUCCUGAUGAGGAUCGGCGAACCAGACGAAGGGGCUCUCAGCUACCGGACAUAAACGCGAUGAAGGGGUUGGCCUCUUCAGGUUCGUCAGGAUCACCCAAAGUGGCUCCAUCAGGUGUGAACAGAGUGUCUGCCGAGGAUCGUGAGCUGGCUCGACAAGGGAGUCUGGUGGACGGAGAAAGUAUCAAGAUCGUUAUCCAUCAUGCCGACAACGACAUGACUCCAUGGGUGAACGCGAAGAGAAGGAUAAAAUUAAGGAGGGAUCCGGCUUUAGACAAAGGACACAGAACCGCUGGCUUUGGUCUAAGGGUGGUCGGUGGUAAAACAGGGGCUGAUGGACGUACUUUUGCAUACGUGAUGUGGACCGUGCCAGAUGGACCAGCAGCAAAAGCUGGUAUACAACGCGGUGAUAAGGUGCUCGAGUGGGCAGGAGUGUCUCUGGUUGAUCGGAGCUUCGAGGAAGUAGUUCAGAUAACGGAGUGGGUAGGCGAUGUGGUCGAGCUGGUAAUCGAGCACGCCUCUGACACCGGGGACUUGCCGGAGGAUCUGGCCACGGCUCCGUCGUCGGGAAAAGUGCCGGGAAAUCUAGGACUGCUGAUGGAAGGUGAAACGGAUAAAACGCCCUCCUCACCGACGCGCAGGAAACUGCCAAAGACGCCGGAGCAAAUCGCGAAAGAGAAGCAGGUGACGGGCCGGGUUCAGAUUCAAGUUUCGUACGAAGCGGAUCGCAAGGAGCUGAUCGUUUCCGUUUUCAUGGCUGACGACUUGUGCGCCAGAGAGGACACGGGAUAUGGUACGCUACCGGAAGCGUAUGCGAAAUUGGGCCUGGUUCCGUUUUGUGGUGAUCAAAUUACCUUGAAAACCGAGGUCGCGGAGCCAAGUCAAAAGCCAAUUUGGAAUGCAACAUUGCUCUUCUCCGGGGUUGAUGGAGAGAGCUUAAUGAAGCGAGCAAUCGAAGUGACUCUCUGGGAUUUCUGUCCCGAUGGCGAUAACGUUUUUCUCGGCGAAUGCACCGUUGAUUUGCAGCGAGCUCUCGAGAAUGACAGGGCGGUUUGGUAUCGACUGGAAGACCCUCGCGGCCGGCGCGCGAGCAAAUCUCCGUACUGCUCUCCCCGCGGCUCUCUUUCUAUGGAAAUUGCCCAAAGGUUACUGCGAAAGACGGAGCUGCGCGAAAGAAGUUACAGCGACGAUACACAGAGCGACAGCGGAAGUCCGGAGCUCGGUUUCCUGCACCCGGAUCACGCUUGGCAUGCAAAUUCUAGGAGAGGUUCCAGCCAAUCCGAGCAGCUAGAAGUCGAACCGUACGAACUUAACAGAGAUUAUAGCAGAUCCUUGCCUGGUAGCCGAAGGAGCAGCUUCCAGAGCCAAGGAGGUACUGACAGCAAACGUGGAAGCAUGGGAGAGGCUGACAUGCCGAUUUCAGUGCCCUACAACCGUGAUCGACGACGAAGCUCGUUCACCAGACCAAUGAGGGAUCACGAAGAGAUUCUAGAGGGUCUGCGAUCAUUGAAAGCGGCUAAGAGGGAGCUUGGCAGGACGAUGAGUCUCUCAGGAGACAAAAGACGCGAGAGCCGGCGGGGUGAGCGCAAAGACAGCAUCAUGAAUAUUCCGGAGAGGUUUUAUGAUCGCAACAGUGAAUCAGAGGAGGAGGACAAAUGGAGUCAGCCGACGAGGAACGAAAAUGGCAUUGACGCGAAGCUAGGUCGCGGACAAGUGCCACCAAAGGGAUUCAAGAUAAUACCUGGAGGUCAAAACGGCGAGGUGAAACUGGGUUUCUGCCUAAGCAAGGGAACGCUCGAAGUCGAGGUUAUAUGUGCCAGAGACAUUUGUCCCGGCGAAAAAGAAGAACCAGACACCUACGUGAAAACGUAUCUCCGAGACGGCGACAGGUGGCUGCAGAAGCGUAAAACGCGCGUGAUACGGCACUCGAGGAACCCGCAAUACCGUCAGACCAUCAAGUACAGCAGCUGCGACGUGCUCGGUAGGAACCUGCUGGUGAUGCUAUGGGAGAAAAAGCAAGCAUUCGAGAGUAAUCAAGGCUUAGGUGGGGCCGAGGUGAGCCUCGACCUUCUGCCACUGACACGGUUGACAGUGGAUUGGUACCCCUUGUUCCCGAUUCACACGCUUGGCACCCAUACCGCUGACUCUCCAUGAUGGCUCCGGGAAAAAUGGGCCCUCGAGGCCGGAGAACUCGAUCUCAGACUGAGCCUGUUGCUCAAGGAUGAGAACGAGUCCGUCGUGAAGAUCAUCUCCUGAUGGAACCGGUCACUCUUCCUCCUGACAGCUUUCGUUUAUUCGAAAUUCUUCCCUUAUUUAGCCCUUUGUUGCCAUUUCUCGAACAGGUCUUCGACCGAACGCGAGUUCUUUCGUUACCUACGUGCAAUUUGUUUCAAUAGUCUCGCGUA